UUUGAUUUUGUUUACAGCGUUUCUUGCGAGCGUGGGUGUUGUUGUCAUUAUUGUUGCUAUUGGUGCGGCAGUAAAUUGCAGAGUGACGCUGCAGCGAAAAACAAGUGCUAUGAGUGAUGAGGAUGUUAUUCGACGGAGGCUCCUGAUUGAUGGUGAUGGUACAGGGGAUGACCGUAGACUCAAUGUUUUGCUAAAAUCAUUCAUAAAGUGGUGUAAUUCUACAAAUGAAACUCCACAAGAAAGUGCCUUGGCUCAUGACAGAAUGCUGGCACAGCUUUCACAGUGUGAAUUUGCAAUGACAAAAUCACGCCUGUCAGCUGAAAUGAGUGCAGCUGAACUACGAAAUUAUGAAAGUUUAGCCGAAGAAAUAGAAAGGCGUAUACAGAAUGCAAAAGAAGAAAUAGAAAGCACAAAGCAAGAACUUCAAGAAGCAAAAACUGUGAGGAAAAACCGUAUAGAAUAUGACGUUUUGGCUAAAGUCAUAAAUGAACAACCAGACCGUAGGGAGACUGAUGAGAAACUAUCAACAUUAAGGAAAGAACUGGGAUCUCUCAAGGAAACGGAGGAACAGCUGGAAAGGAAACUUGAUAUGAGAAGGAAACAAUUCCAUGUGCUAGUUGCUUCCAUUCAUCAGCUUCAGGCAAUGCUGGAUGAAGAUGCUGAGGAUAUAAUGGAUGUAGCCUUAGAAGAUCCAUUUGAUGAUGAACUAGAAAUUAGAGCAGAGCCAAUGGUGGAAUAAGUGUGCACAGUUCUAUCCUGUAUUUUGUGUUCAAAUUGUAAAUUUAAGUUUUGUAUUUUGUGAACAUUUAUACUAAAUCUAUAUCAGUGAAGCAGACUGUAUCAAAGAUAUUAUUGUAUGAAAGUCUGAACUCUUAUUUUGUUGGCUGAUGUGUUACGACAUAGCUAACCAUGUUCAGGAGAACAAAGAUUUAUGUUUAGGGUGAAAUGGUAUGCAGAUAUGUUACUAAAAUUAGCACUGACAGCAGUUUGUGAUUUCAGUCAGAGGUGCAGUAAUCCCAGUACACUUGAAGCAUGUAAUACUAGAGAGAGAGAGAGAGAGAGAGAGAGAGAGAGAGAAUGGGAGAAUAUGGCUGGGCACCUACUAAUCCAGUGUCAGAUUUCAACUUUGUACCAACUGUGUGCAACAAAGGAAAAAGAUAGAAAUAAAUUUUAUGAG